CAGGACAUGCAUUCCAGCUCUUCUCACACUCUCAAAGAUCUCUAACAAAAACCACAGAAGAUGGCCCACUUCAACCUGUCUACAGUCUGCCUGAUGCUUCUUCUAUCUCUCAGUCUCUUCAGUGUGCAGGCAAAUACAGCAUGCUGCACUAAAUACUCACGUGGUGAAUUACCACUGGAAUACAUAAAGGGCUUCUCCAUUCAAGCUGACCAUGGCAAGUGCAACAUCAAUGCAGUCAUUUUCCUCACCAUGAAAGGCAGAAAGGUGUGUGCUAACCCUACCAAUGAGUGGGUGAUGGACAGGAUCCAGCAACUAAGGGCCGUGGUUCAAAGAAUGACCAAGAAGUGACCAAGAACAGCAACACAACUGAAGUUCAAUGAUGUGUAUUUCCUUGAUUCAGCUAACAGAUGACCUUAGUAAAUAUUGAAAUACCAGUUGAAUUGUAUGUUAGUAUUUAUCACUUGCAUCUCUGAAUUAUGAUGAAUGUUGUAGCAUUUAUUAUAAUAUCAUAAUAUUAUGCUGUUUUUCUUUUUAUGAUUUGAGUCGAUAACAUUUUAAUAGACAUAUUAACUUAUUUUGUGAAUUACAUGUACAUUUAUAAAUUGUGAUUUACAAUUUUGUAAU